AUGGCAGGCGUUAUAGAAGCAAUUGGUGUGAUUUCGGGUGUUCUUGGAAUACUACAGUUUGGUAUUGAUCAUUUUCCACAAGACGAUGGGCCAAAGUCUACUGUUAGGGUUACCGUUGGAUUAGACACCCCAGGUGGUCUUAACAAUGCCGGUGGUGACCUUCCCGAUGUUCGGCUGUUCAACGAGGCUGGCGAGUUCCUUGGUAUCAAGGUAGACCCGGGCUCUGUCUCGGAUGGUGGUUUCGGCGACAUCAAGAUUAGCCACAACGACGGCUCAAACCAGCAACCCGCCUAUGCCCUAUUCUCAGGUAACAACGAUGCUAUCUGCAUUGCACACGCCGUCGUGACUUUCCCUGGAAAUGAAAGAUAUACUUGGGUUGGUGAUUGGGGUCGUCAAUGCGGCGGUAGUUGGUACUACUCGAACAUCUACAUAGACAGCAGCAGCCGAAAAGUUGACUGUCUAUGGAUUGACGGCAACAAUGACCAACCACAAAGCGGAUUCCAAGUCCACUGGCCAGAAUUCGUAAACAAGGACGGCGAUCAGCUUCCGUCGGACGACAGCGCGAUGGCCGAUAAAGUAAAUUACCUGUGUAACGGAGGGCCUCCGUUCAAGAUGUACAACUACGCAGACGACAACGACCCGAGCAGCAUUACCUACUGGAUCCUCAACAACAAGCGUUCCGAAGAUGGAACCGACAACCGCAAAACCGGAACGUCGUACGGCCCGUCGAAAUACCCUAACUCCGCCAAGUUCGGCCGCAACUUGCCCCGAGGAAACAGCACCGUUCCUUCUGGCUCCAGCCGCCAGGCCAACCGUCUAGUCGUCAGCAACAACGCCCAGCACACGGCAGUCGACCUCUGCGAGAGCAAGACAUCCUACGGUCCGGACUUCUUAGAUCUGAUGGAGAAGAAGUUCUGCCGCAUGUCAGACAAGACUGUCUGGCCGGUGUGCGACGGCGCUCAGACCGUAGACAACUGCUUCAACACGGACGUCCAGCAACUCAUUGUAAACGGCGUUUCGGCCAGGGAUAGCCCCUACAGCAACGUUGUAGACUGGACGUCGGGUAAUUAG